UGCACCCCUCACUUUAAGGUAGCCAGCAAAAGACACAAUCUCAGGCAUAAGUACUCUUUUUGGAUCAUCCGUUUUUAAGAAGCCCGACUCCCCAUCCUCAACCUGUUACUCUCCUGUUAGCAGCACCAGAGUCAAAAUGGCAGUCUACCACAGCGCCGAGGGCAGAAAGUUCUUUGUCCCGCUUGAGAACAACCCUCAGGUCUUCACCAACCUAGCCCACGACUUAGGCAUGGAUCCCAAGCUGGCCUUCCAUGAUGUCUACUCCCUCGACGAACCAGAGCUCCUGGCCAUGGUGCCGCGCCCAGCACACGCUCUCAUCUUCAUCACGCCUUCUAACGCGUACCACGCCGUUGAGGCCGAAGACGUCGCCGCUGGCAAGAGAACGCCAGCGCCUCCUAAACCGGAAAACCUACUCUAUGGAAGGCUUCGAUGACCUCUACCCGACGGACCAGCCGGUCCUUUGGUUCCCCCAGACAAUCGGAAACGCCUGUGGCAUGGUAGCACUCGUCCACGCCCUUCUCAACGGCUCAUUACGCGAGCGUCUCGUGCCGUCGUCGCCACUAGCAGAACUCCUCGAUGAAGCUCUCAAGCUGCCCCUCCCCACUCAGCACGCGGACCUGCUGUAUAACUCAGUCGUUAUAGAAAAUGCUCACAGCAAGGCGGCAGCUAGAGGUGAUACUGCAGCUCCUGACGCCCAGGAUCCCAUAGGGUAUCAUUUCAUGGCUUUUGUGAAGGGGACGGAUGGGAAUCUCUGGGGGCUGGAUGGAAGCUUUGGUGGGAUGAUGUGCUACGGGCCAGUGGGUGAGGGGGAGGAUAUGCUGAGUAGCAAGGUCUUGGAUAUUGGUGUGCGGCGAUUCAUCAAGGCAGGGGAGGGGAGUUCUGAGUUUAGUAUCAUUGCGCUAUCUGAGGGGGAGGAGUAGACUUGCCCUUACCAAUCUAUGACUCGUAGCAAGGGCGUCAAUCUGCUGUAUCAAAGUGGGGCUUAGCUGAUAGCUCCACGUUCGCGAUCACUGAUGUCUUAGAACAACCGCAUGUGAGGGCUAAAGUUAUCAAGAGACUCGA